CUUUCAUCCAAAUAAUCGACCGGCUGGCCGCACCUAUUUUGUUUCAUAUAAUAGAACCGGCAUCUGGCAAACAGAUUCAGGACUAUCGCUCCCCAGUUCCCCCAUUCCUCUUCAUCAUGAUCAAGGGCAUACGGCGAUCUUUAAAGGGUGAAAAGACCUCACCGUACUCCUCCAACUCCCGGCAGUCGGCGGUCAAGACGCCCACAACUGCGGCUACAAUACUGCCACCGAAAAAGGUCAUCCGUGCUAUUCAUGACUACACCGCCAACGCUCCCGGCGAGCUGUCAUUCAGCAAAGGCGAUUUCUUCCAUGUCGUUGGUAACGAAGACAACCCAGACUGGUACGAGGCCAGUAAUCCGUCUGCCAAUUCACGCGGGAUGGUCCCGGUUUCGUACUUUGAGGUGCUAGGAAGGAACGUGCGCGAGAGCUCGGACGGUAGCCUGCGCAAUGGGAGAAUGAGCUCUGGCGUGUCCGAAUCCUCGUCUGCUACUCAGCCCGGUGUUAUGAGUCCGACAACACGAAGGGAGUCGGAUAGGAUGUCGUCCGCGUCGUCUACCUCGUCUGGACGGAGACAUUACCAGCCACUUUAUGGUGUUGUGCAGUUUGAUUUUGCGGCCGAGCGUCCUGAUGAAUUGCAUGCUUCACAAGGCGAUGCGGUUAUCAUAGUUGCUCAGUCCAACCACGAGUGGUUUGUGGCCAAACCGAUCGGACGUCUGGGUGGGCCGGGACUGAUUCCGAUAUCGUUUGUCGAGAUCAGAGAUAUGGCCACUGGCCGUCCGAUUGAGAAUGUGAAUGAAGCAAUUCUGCGAGCCGGAGUACCAAAAGUUGAAGAAUGGAAAAAGAAAACAGCAGAGUAUAAAGCCAGCAGUAUUCCUCUGGGCAAGUUUGAAGACGACUCAGGACUGCCGUACAACCGGUUCCAGCAAAUGUCGUUAUCGCAUAAUUCUCAGUCGACGCUCGGCCAGCACUCUAUACAAAGCCGGCAGAUCCCAGGCACCAUGCAAUCGUACUCGACGCAAUCCUACAUUUCGCAUCAGAGCGGCCCGUACGGCGAGCGGCUGUCGCAGUCUGCGUCGGAGAUCUCGUACGAGCCCGUGAUUGUGAGUGCGUCGGUUGACCAGUUUUCGUUUGAUAAUGGGCGAUACUGGUAUUUGCUGAUAGCCGAGAUGGAGGACGGCACGUUCCGGAAUCUGUGCCGGUACUAUGAAGAUUUCUACGACUUUCAGAUUAGAUUACUUGAUGAAUUUCCGGACGAGGCCGGACGGACAGGGCGGCAACGGAUACUGCCGUUUAUUCCAGGGCCGGUGACGUACGUGAACGAUUCGAUUUCGAGUCAACGGCGGGUAAAUCUGGAUGAGUAUGUUCGCAAACUGGUGGCGCUGCCGCCAUACAUUUCACGAAGCUCGCUUGUGAAGGGAUUGUUUGCACUACGCGAAGGUGAUGUUGAGUCCACACAGCCGGCUUCGAGCAUGCCGCAGCCGGAUCAGCAGUCGUUGCAGUUUGACAAGACAAGGCAAUCGAGUGGAUAUGCGGCGCACACAAGUACUGUGAAUUCGUCGACAGCAACUUUGGAUCAGCAGAAUGCGUAUCGACAGUCUAUUGAUCCGACGCGGUCAGCAAGCGGAGCGUCGAGAACGAAUGGGAAUGGACGAGUACAUACAUCGCAAUCAAACCACUCCGGCUCACCUACUAGCAGUGUAGUCGGAGGUGAGGGAUACGCACACAGCACGACGGGCAGCAUUGCAGGAGGGCGCGAUGUUGAGAUGGAGCGGAACAUGAGCACGAUGAGCACGAUGUCGUCUGCUACGACGUCGCGGAUAGGCAACGGGUUUAUAAAAGUAAAGAUCUUCUACCAAGAAGAUUUGAUUGCGAUCCGGGUGCCUGCCGAUAUAUCGUACGAGCAACUGGAGAACAAGAUACAAGAACGACUGGGAUCUUCGAACUUGCUGUUUUAUUACCAGGACGAGUACACGGGCCAGCAUACGCAGCUGCGGGAUGAUGCCGGUCUAGCGGCAGCGAUCGGUAAUGGAUCAAAACUGGUUUUGUACGCGCAGUAAUGCGUUGUCGGUCUUGUGCUUGUACGAUUUAUAGUUGUUGUUAUUGUACUCUGUCUCUUACUGCUGAAAAGGAAGAAACUAUGAGUUCCAAUUACGGAGUUUUUUUUCGUUUGGUGUUGUUACUAUAUGAUAUGUUUGGCCAAGGUCAGAGGUGAUGAUGUUUGUCGAUUACUUUUUUGUUUAUUUCAUUGUGUAGGGGUUUACCUUAUGGGGAAACGUUAAUACACGGAUAGGAAAGAAU